AUGGAAGUUGACCAAGAGGCUGGCGAUGCCUCUUCGACUUUCGUGCUGGCCAUGGGUAACAACUCUGACGGGCAGCUGGGGUGCGGUAUCGCGGAGGAUGACGAUGACAAGGUGUUUGCGCCUUGCGAACUGCAUGCCUUCGACUCGGUGAAUAUUCGAAGCUGCUCGUCAUCGUUGAAGCACUCAAUCUGGUUGAGUUAUGACGGUUUGGUGUACACUUCUGGUGACAAUGAUUCUGGACAGCUGGGUAGAGCCGGGAAGCGGGCCAAACCUUUCAAAAUCGACUCCAUCGAGCACAUGCCUGUGGAAAGCACGGCCGCUGGAAACGGCUUCACUGUCCUGGCUGCGAAGCUGGAUGGGCGCCUGAUGGGCGUCGGACGAGGGGACCGUGGGCAGCUGGGGAUGGGUGGUGCUGAUCGCGACGACAAGGAGCGGGUGAAGUUUUCCUCUGCCUUGGAUGAGCAGCUUCUGCAUUUGUCUGCUGGGGAGUCGCACUGCAUUGCACUGUGCCGUUCGGGGAAAGUCCUCGCUUUCGGAGAGAACAAGCACGGCCAGCUUGGGGUCGGUGACUUUGUGAGCACCGCCACACCGAAGCCAGUGCCCACUCUUUCAAGCCGGCCGGUGGUGCAGGUCUGUUGUGGAGGUGCCCACAGUUUGGCAAGAACCGCCACGGGACUCCUUUGGUCCUGGGGUUGCAACGAGCACGGCCAGCUAGGCCUUGGAGAUCUGAAGCCCCGGUUCCGGCCCGAGCAGGUGAAGGCCAUGCGCGUCUCCCGCUGCGUGGACGUGGCGGCUGGGAAUCGCCACAGCCUGAGCAUCUCGGAGAAGGGCCUCGCCUUUAGCUUCGGGGCCGGUGGAAGCGGGCAGCUGGGCUCCGGUGGCAUUGCCGAGGCGGAGCCUUACCCGAAAGUCAUCGAGGCACUGAAGGAGAUCGGCACAUGUUUACAGAUUGCCGGUGGCCACAGCCACAGCCUUGCUGUGGUUCUGAACCAGGAAACUUUGAGGGAAAACCUCUACGUCUGGGGCCUGGGCUCGAGUGGCCAGCUGGGUAUCCCCCGAGAGAACCUUCAUGAGAAGAAGCUCUCGCCCCUACCGCAGAAGCUGCGGCUGGAUCCCUCGCUAAAGAUCCUGAGCAUCUGUAGUGGGCCCCUCUCGCACCACACCUUCCUCAUCGUUUCUCGGACUGCCGGAACUGAGUCAAGGGGUGGCUACCCUGGAACAGCGAGGGAGUCAUUGAGCCCGCGAGCGUCCUUGGGGCCAUUGAGGCAUUGUUUGCACACUGCAAUUGAUGCAGACGAGCUGCUCCAGGCCCUGCGAAGUCUGAAGGGCAGUGAGGGCAUUCAGCAGACUGCCCUUGUCAAGGCCGUGGGGGCUGCCUUCAGCUCCGUCAGUGUGCUGAAUGCGUCUUUUCGGCGACCGUCGCCGCUGGGAACGACCGCAGAAUCCAGUGGCGUCGACCUUUUGAAGGUCCGCAAGGCAUAUCAUACACUUGUCUUCGAGCUGCGGAAUGCCGAAUUGAUCAACACGCUUGGAAGAGCCACUGUUUCCAUCUGUGAUGAGCUUGCAAAGCAGCGUGUGCCGACGGAUGAUCCGGAAACACUCUGCGUGUUUUUGGUUCUGUUCGAGAAUCCGCUGUUGCUCGCCGAGCACCGCACUUCUUUAUUCGCUGGCUUCCAUGUAGCAUUACAGCGCCUAACUGCUGCGGUCCUUUCUUUGCCAAAAGACUCCCAGAAGCUUCUGUUCGGCUGGUUGAAGCACCUCCCGAGUGAAUAUUUCGGACGUGUGGUGAACGUCAUGCAGCAGUACGUGACCUACGUUCUGACACAGCCUGGGCAAAAUCAAAGCGACGUUUCGGCAGCUGUCAUGAUGCUGCAGACCCUGUGGGAUGCUAAUGCAGAGAUGGAUGGCAUUCUGCCGGAGUGGUGUUUUCAGAGCCUCGCGAUCUCGCAGAGCGCCGACCUGCAGGAGCACUAUC